CUCCUCAGGUGUAUUUCCUGUUUCCACACAGGGUGAAGGUGUGGCGGAACACUUUUCCGGUUCAGACAACAAACCAGAGGUACUUCCUGUUUUCGUCAUGGCAUCUUUGUGGGACGACUUGGACAGUCUUGUGAAUACCCCGUCCUCUUUCUCGGCAAAGACUGGAGACAGAGGAACCAUCAAGCCCAAAGCAGGUUUUGAUGCGGGAGAAGAUGCUGUGGCUCUGAGGAAGGCCAUCGAAGGACUUGGCACCACAGAGAAGACUCUGAUUGACAUUCUGACCCACAGAAGUAGCGCUCAGAGGCAGCAGAUUUGUGAAGCUUACCAGGAAGCCACUGGCAGAGUAAGACUCUGUUAUUUAUUGAAAUGUGUGAAGAGUGUGCCGGCGUACUUUGCAGAACGUCUGUAUCAGAGCAUGAAGGGUGGUGGAACGGACGAGUCGACUCUGAACAGGGUCAUGGUGAGCCGGUCUGAGAUCGAUCUGCUGGACAUCAGAGCUGAGUUCAAGAAACUCUACGAGUACUCGCUGCACUCUGCCAUCGAGUCUGACUGCGGGGGGAAUUAUAAAAAGACUCUGGUAAAAAUAUGUGGAGGAGAUGAUGAUUCCUAACAUCUGCAUCACUAUCUCUUUAUUUCUUUUUCUGUCAUUUCAUUGUUUUGCUCCCCCUUAGCAGUGGUGGAAAGUACUCUCCAAGUCCUGUAGCCACACUUUAAUGUGUACAGUUGGUGGAGUUACCCUUUAAAAGUGACUUCUAUACUAUAAAAAUCCUUUCUGCAAACCUUCAUAACAUAAGAGACAUGAUUCCAACCCUUAAUGUUAGUACUUUGUGUUGUUAUAUCACUAUAACUGCCUCAGGAGUCUAAAAUUGGGUUGAUAACUGUGUAGUCAGUUCAGCAAGUAUCU